AUGGCCGCUGCAUUAACACCAGAGGAGAAGGAGCAUCUGAUCACUCGCAACCUGCAGGAGGUGCUGGGACAGGAUAAUCUCCGCGCGAUCCUGAAGGAGCGUGAUCUUAAAAUAUACUGGGGCACGGCUACUACCGGCAAACCGCACAUUGCUUACUUCGUGCCGAUGUCGAAGGUGGCCGACUUUCUUAAAGCCGGUUGUGAAGUAACGAUCCUGUUUGCAGAUCUGCAUGCGUAUUUGGACAACAUGAAGGCACCGUGGUCGCUGCUGAAGGAACGCACCAAGUACUACGAAGCGGUUAUCAAGGCGAUGCUUUCGUCACUGGGAGUCCCAUUGGAUAAGCUGCGGUUCGUGUGUGGCACGGACUAUCAGCUGUCGAAGGAGUACACACUCGAUGUGUACCGGUUGUCCUCGGUAGUGACGCAGCAUGAUGCCAAGAAGGCAGGUGCGGAGGUGGUUAAGCAGGUGGAACAUCCUCUGAUGUCCGGGAUCUUGUAUCCUGGGUUGCAGGCUCUGGACGAGGAGUACCUUAAAGUGGACGCUCAAUUCGGUGGUGUGGAUCAGCGUAAAAUUUUCACCUUCGCUGAGAAGUACCUGCCUCAGUUGGGAUAUGCCAAACGCAUCCAUCUGAUGAACCCGAUGAUCCCGGGACUGGCCGGUGGCAAGAUGUCAUCGAGCGAGGAGGACUCGAAAAUUGAUCUGCUCGACAGUGCGGCGAAGGUGAAGAGCAAGAUCAAGAAAGCGUUUUGCGAGCCGGGUAAUAUCGAAGAUAACGGGCUGCUGAAGUUUGUGAAGCACGUCAUCUACCCGAUGUUUAAGGAAGGUGAAGCAUUCACGAUCCAUCGUAAGCCGGACUUUGGUGGAGACCUGGUGUUUGUGGAGUACGAAAAGCUGGAAGCAUGCUUUGCCGCACAAGAACUGCAUCCCGGCGAUUUGAAGGCAGCUGUGGAGGUGUACAUAAACCGUCUGUUGGAACCGAUCCGGAAGUCGUUUGAGAGUGAUUUCUAUCGGGAACUAACCGAGCGUGCUUAUCCUGCGCCGGUAAAAGUUGUGGCUGGAAAACAAGCAGCCGGAGGAAAGCAACAACAGGGCACGAAUGCUACAGCGGCUGGAAACGGUGCUGCGGGUGAAAAUACACCGGAUAAGCUGGAACUGAAGGUGGGCCAAAUCAUGGACGCCGUGAAGCACCCGGACGCCGAUAGUCUCUGUGUGUUGACGGUUGAUAUCGGAGGCGGUGAGCGGAAGGCGAUCGUGAGCAAUCUGAUGUCUCACUACACACUGGAGCAACUCCGGGAACGGUUAGUGGUGGUGCUGACCAACAUGAAGGCGUCCAAAAUACGUGGCGUUGAAAGUGAGGGUUUGGUGUUGUACGCGGCCGGAGCGGAAAAAUGUGAAGCAUUGGCGGUGCCAGAAGAUUCGAAAGUUGGCGAGCGAAUUAUUGUGGAAGGGUUCGACAAUACGAGCAAUCCGGUGCCACCACUAAACCCGAAGAAGAAGGUGUGGGACAAGAUUCAGGCCGAACUGCACACCGGUACGGAUGGAGAGGCAUUGUGGAAGGAAUUCUCACUGAUGACUCUGAACGGUGAUCGGGUGACUAGCACACUUGCUGGAGUCAGCAUCAAGUAG